ACCAGUUCUCGCGUUAGUCGUUCACUGACCACGGUCAAAUACGGUUACAAAUUAAUAAAUGGGGCUACUGAAUACGGUGAUUUUCUUGGUGCUGCCAGCUGUAUGGCUGUUGUACAUCUACUUCCGUAGAAAGUAUUCGUACUGGGCCGACAGAAAUGUCCCUCAGGCGCCUGGAUCGUUGCCCUUGGGGACGUUCAACGGAAUGGGAUCCAAGUACCAUUUCACCGAAGUGUUGCAACAAGUGUACGAUCAGUAUCACAAAGCUCACAAAGCGGUUGGAGUGUAUCUAUCGGUGAGACCGAUUUUGUUUGUUAACGAUUUGGAUUUGGUUAAACAAAUCUUGGUGAAGGACUUUAACAGCUUCCGCGAUCGGGGCAUGUAUUACAACGAAAAAGACGAUCCCCUAUCGGCACACUUAUUCUCGAUCGAAGGUGAGAAAUGGCGUUUUUUGCGAAACAAGCUGAGCCCCACAUUUACGUCUGGUAAGAUUAAAUACAUGUUCCUGACGAUGUGCGAAAUUGGUGACGAGUUAUUGGCGUGCUUCGAGAAGUAUGUGGGUCGGGAGGACCCAGUCGAUAUUAAGCCACUGGCUCAACGGUUUACUAGUGACGUGAUUUCUUCUGUGGCGUUCGGGUUUAAGUCAAAUGCGUUGCAAAACGAGGGCUCGGAGUUGCUGCGGAAAGGAGAUAAGGUUUUCAAACCUGGACGUUGGGAAACUAUUCGCAUGUUUGCCGUGUCGAGUUAUCGUGACCUAGCUAAGAAAUUAGGCAUGCGACAGCUACCCAAAGACGUGACAGAUUACUUCAUGGACGUCAUCACCGGAACGGUGGACUAUCGAGAGAAAAAUAAUGUGACGCGACAGGAUUUUCUGCAACUGCUUUUACAGUUGAAGAACAAGGGAACGGUCGAAGAACAUGAGCAGGAAUCGAAGGAGAAAAUAACAUUGGAUGAAUUGGCAGCCCAAGCAUUCCUGUUCUUCAUCGCAGGUUUCGAUACUACUUCCACGACUGUUUCAUUUGCGCUUUUUGAAUUGGCUAGCAACCCAGACGUUCAGGAAAAGGCUCGACAGGAAGUCAAACGAGUCCUCGCAAACCACGACGGACAUAUCACGUACGAUGCACUGAAGGACAUGACCUAUCUAGAACAGGUCGUCAAUGAAACCCUUCGAAAGCAUCCUCCGGUGGGAAAUUUGAUUCGUUUGGCAAAUGGACCAUACAAACUGGAUUGCCUCAAUACGACACUCGAACCGAACACCAUGAUAAUGAUCCCGGUACAUCCAAUCCACCAUGAUCCGGAAAUCUAUCCCAAUCCAUCCCGCUUCGAUCCGGAUCGCUUCACGCCGGAAGCGAUCAACGCCCGCCACUCGCACAGUUUCCUCCCGUUCGGAGAUGGGCCGCGAAACUGCAUCGGAAUGCGAUUUGGCCUGGUCGAGGUCAAGUUCGGCAUCGCUAAAUUGUUGAACCAAUUGCGCUUCACGGUUCAUGAGAAGACGCAGCUCCCGAUGCGUUACGAGGCCAAGUCACAGUUGGCCGAUGCGAAAGGUGGCAUCUGGUUGAAUGUGGAGCGGAUCGGUGGCGGUGGCUUCGUGGCGAGAACAGCCGGCGUGGCCGCAAUGGACAAGCACGAGGACGAGGGUUUUGCAAUUUGCCAACGAUUCUGCUUCUCGGGUUGCCUUUCGGCGGUACCGAGGUUUCUUCUUCUCGGCGGGUUUGCUGUCGACGGGUCGGAUCGUGGCUUCGUGAAGAGAACUGCCGGCGUGGCCGUAGUUAUUAAACUUGAGAACGAGGGCUUUCUACUCGCCGAGGCUUCUUCUCGGCGGGUCCGGAUCGUAGAUUUGCGGAGAGAACAGAAAGCGUGGCCGCAAGCACGAGGACGAAGGCUUUGCAAUUUUGUCAACGGGACUGGAUCGUGGCUCGUAGAGGGAACAGCCGGCGUGGCCGUAGUGUCCCUAAUAAAAACGGUUCUGGUGCAUUUCAACUCAGUAAUCAGCAUCGGUUCAUUUGGAGAGGACUUUUUUGAGAUGGAUAUUAUCACGCUAGUUCUAGCAGUUUUCACCUGCCUGUCGGGUUUUGUUUACUACUUCCUGCGGCGUGAACAGCAGCAAUGGUCACGGUUGGGUGUUCCGAUCGCAAAGAAUCCGCACCUGCUUUACGGGAAUGUUCGAGGAAUAUUCCAGAAAGAGCCCAGCUGCGAAGUUCUCCAACGGUUGUAUUGGGAGUUCAAGCGACGUGGUCUGAAACUGGGUGGAAUCAUGAACUUCUUCCAGCCGGCGGUGCUGGUGGUUGAUCCGGAGAUCAGCAAAAGUAUUCUGGUUAAGGACUUCCAUAAGUUCCACAAUCGUGGACUUUUCGUGGAUUCGUCAGGAGAUCCUCUGAGUGCCAGUUUGUUCAGUCUGGAAGGUGCUCAGUGGAAGGCGAUGCGAAUGAAGAUGUCUCCUACGUUUACGUCCGGUAAAAUGAAGUACAUGUUCGGAUCAGUGGUGAAGGUGGCAGAUCAAUUGAAGGAGUACGUAGCGGAGAAUUGUACGAGGGAGAACAUCGAGCUGAAGAAUAUCCUGCAGCGGUAUACAAUGGACGUGAUUGGUAAUGUGGCGUUUGGAGUGGAGUGUAACUCGAUCAAGAAUCCAAGCUCCGAGUUUCGGAUGAUGGGCCUUAAAGCAAAUCGGAUGGACGUGUUGAAAUUCCUUAAAUUUUUCAUCGGUGGUAGCUACAAAAACUUUGCUAAGAAGAUCAAAAUGAAGGUUGUUGAGGAAGACGUACACAACUUUUUCACGAGUUUGAUACAUAGUACAGUCCAAUACAGAGAAGAUAAUGGAGUGCAAAGGAACGACUUUUUGGAUUUAUUGAUUAAAAUUAAGAACAAUGGAAAGCUUAGUGAUAAACCGAAUUCCGGUGGAGAGGGCAUCACAAUCAGUGAAAUCGCAGCCCAGUGUUUCAUAUUUUUCACCGCCGGAUUUGAUACUUCCUCGACCACUUUGCACUUUUGUCUUUACGAAUUGGCCAGAAAUCCAAACAUUCAGGAUCAACUUCGGCGAGAAAUUGAAGAAUCGAUUGCAAAGGACGGUGGAGAGUUGAAGUACGAUACCUUAUUCGGAAUGUCUUACUUGGAUCGCGUCGUUAGCGAAACCCUCCGGAAGUACUCCCCAGUGGACAACCUUUUCCGGGUAUCUAACUCGCCAUACACCCCAGAAGGCUGCGAUUUCACCAUUCCUGCCGGCACUUUGUUCCAGAUUCCCAUCCAUUCGAUGCACCAUGAUCCGGAGUAUUUUCCGAAACCGCAACGCUUUGAUCCGGAUCGGUUCCUUCCGGAAGUGGUAAAAUCGCGACAUCCCUUCGCCUACCUGCCAUUCGGAGAAGGACCUCGUAUUUGCAUUGGAAUGCGGUUCGGGCAGAUGCAGACCAAGAUUGGUUUGGUUACAUUGCUGCGAAACUUCCGGAUUGCUCCCAUGAGCGAAACAACGGAUCGGUUGGAGUUCGACUCGAAGACGUUGAUUCUAACGGCCAGGACGGAAGCGUAUUUGAAGAUUGAACCGAUCGGAAAUGCGGCUCCUGUUGAUCAAAUGCCGAAAGCUUGAAAGCUCUGGUGUUGACGAAAAAGGAAACUGCACGAGCAAAAACCAAUUAUUUUAUAAAUCUUGCUUCUUACUUACAUUUUGGAUCGAUAUUAUCGGUUUAUGGUUCAAUAAUACUUUUAUGCUCUGUUUAUGUAUUUGAUUAUAAUGAUGAAUAAUAAAUAUUUGC